AUGAACACCACACUUCAACCCUACGUCCUUUUCGGCUCAACCAAACCCUGGCUCCCCCCACCCUGGACUACAACCGACGACCGAGUUCGCGGCGGCGCCUCCCAAUCCUACCUCUCCGCCCUCCCCGACAACUGCGCAAACUUCCACGGGCAUCUCGACACAUCCACGCUAGGCGGAGCGGGCUUCGCGUCGCAAUUCAGCCCUCCAGAAGCCGCGGGGACCGACAAGGACGGCGGGGAUGAGGAGCGAAGCUGGGACUUGAGUGCUUACGAUGGCAUCGAGGUAGAGGUCGUGGGGGGGAAAGGUGACGGGAAGAUUUACACCUUGAUAUUGAAAGACGAGGAGGCGGCCGGCAAGAGGGGAGACGGGAGAGAGAAGGCCGGGAUCAAUUGGGAGGUGGAUUUCAAGGUCGGAGGGGAGGAGGGCGAGGGCGGCGGCGAUGUGACGAGGUUCUUUGCGCCGUGGAAGGGAUUCAAGGCUACGUUUCGAGGCAAGGAGAAGGAAGAUGCCGGGGAGUUGAAGAAGGGGCAGGUCAGGCGGAUAGGAUUGAUGAUGAGGAGCUACUUCGGGAAGCAAGAGGGCGACUUCGGCGUCGUGCUGAGGGCCAUUUGCGCAAGGAAGACCAAUGCAGGGGAGGAGGGAGGGGCAGAGGAGCGGAACGCUAUGGACGCUGUGGGCAGGUCGCAAGGAUCUGGGCCUGAGAACACGGACACGGCGGAUCAUCGACCGGGAAAGGAAAGGGGGAUUGGCUGGAUCGACUGGUUCUCGGGGCUCUGCACCUUCAGGGGAUGA